UCCCCUAAGGUUCACAUUAGAGCACAGAAGAGAACUGUUUAACUUGGAAGAAUAAUAACACUAGGCUUUUUGGUUCUGCAAAGAGAUCCUCUCUUUGUCUCCUGCUUUAAAGUAUACAGACCCUAAAAUGACAGUCAUUUCUGCCAUUAGUGGGGCUCUCUUAAUUACCAUUCUCUAUGAAGCAAGUGCACUAGUGUUGCCCAAUUCCACUGACCUAUUCCUGUCAACUAAAAAUUACACUGAUGUUGAAGCAGCUUUGAAAACUCAUCUGGCUUCUGCAAGCCUCCCCAAAAUCAGGAAAAAGCGAUAUAUCUCACAGAAUGAUAUGAUUGCCAUUUUGGAUUUUCACAAUCAGGUCAGGGGCAGAGUAUUCCCACCUGCAUCCAACAUGGAAUACAUGGUGUGGGAUGAUAAUCUAGCUAAAUCUGCAGAAGCUUGGGCAGCUACCUGUAUUUGGGACCAUGGGCCUUCUUACUUGUUGAGAUUUCUGGGACAAAAUUUGUCUGUACGGACUGGAAGAUAUCGAUCCAUUCUCCAGCUGGUGCAGCCCUGGUAUGAUGAAGUGAAAGAUUAUGCCUUUCCAUAUCCUCAGGAUUGCAAUCCAAGGUGUCCAAUGAGAUGUUACGGGCCCAUGUGUACACAUUAUACUCAGAUGGUUUGGGCCACUUCCAACAGAAUAGGCUGUGCAAUCCACACGUGCCCUAAUAUGAAUGUCUGGGGAGUAGUUUGGAGCCGAGCUAUUUAUUUGGUAUGCAACUAUGCCCCAAAGGGAAAUUGGAUAGGAGAAGCACCGUAUAAAGUUGGGGUGCCAUGUUCUGCUUGCCCGCCCAGUUAUGGAGGAUCAUGCACUAACAAUCUUUGCUUUCCCGGAGUGACAUCAAACUACUUAUAUUGGUUUAAAUAAAUGGUACAAUUGUUCUAAUGAAAUGCAUGUGUAACAAAAUCUUGUAUAUUUAAAUUUGCAUAUAUUGUAUAUAAUGUAUUGAUUCAUUAAUAUUAUUAUGGACUUUAUGUAAUAAUAUGAAGAUUAGUUUUUAAGGAUAUAAUGUAUAUUUAAAAAUUUUCCUUUAAGUGACAAAGUUACUCUUUUGGACCACUAAUAGCUACAGAUUAAUAGUGUGCCUUAAACAACAAAGAUAAGGAAAAUUUGAAUAGGAAUUAAAGUGAUUAAGCUUAGACCCUUAAAGACCUUAAGGGAAUGUAUCUUUAAAUAUUUUAUAUUUAUAGGCCUGGGCACAGGAUGAACUCUAGAUUAUUAUAUCUAAUCCUUUGAGUUUUACUUGUGUGCAUAUGUAUGUGUUUUACAAAAAUGAGAAACAAAAUAUAUCCUGGUUACAAAUUGAAAAGUUUAACUCAAAUUGGUAGAAUAAUUUAAAUAUGGGAUAUUUAUUUGUAUCACUAUUUAGAAUGAGCAAAGUUAUGAUAUUUUUUAAAAUAUGUCCAACCAACUGUAAUUUUAUAAAAAAAAACAUGACGUUCUCUAGAAAAUUUAACAGAAGAAAAAAAUACUGAAAUUAUAAUGGUGUAUAUUUGUACAGCUUUAUUCUCUAAUAGUAAUAGAAGUAUCUACUGAGCAAAAAAGUCCAAACAUUUUCCUUUACUUCAAAAUAUAUGUGCAAUUGUGGCAAAAUUCUGUGGACUAAUAGUUCUGUGGACUAACAGACUAACAGUUUAGUACUUAGAAAUAUACUUACCGUAAUUAUGUUGCUAUAGUUGAACAAAGUCCUAAAUCAAAGCAAUGUGGUUAUCAUCAGAGGGUCCCAAACACUCUUCUUCCUGUUUGUGAUACUUGAGGCCCCUGUUGUUUCUGGGUUUUGCAUUGUGAACUACUUGACUCUUAUCAAUGAUAUUCUUUGUAGGUAGAGUGGAGCAGAUGGAUGCUGCCAUGCUAAUGUGGAUCCCAGGUUCAUUAGAGGAUGUGCAAUAGUAUCAGACAGUGAAUUGUUUAGUUUUGAUAAAGUUAGAUAUGUUUUAAACAGCAUCAGGUUUAUUAUUACCUGGAUGUUCAACACAGGCCGGACUGUAAUAAUAAUGCACUCUUCUAUUCAUAUAUAAGCUAACAUUAAUUUAGAGUCAGAGAUCUUGCUUCUUAAUGGGAAAGGAAUAUUAGUUUGCUUUAUAGUAACCAAAACUAAACCAGCACUAAAAUAGUGACUGGAGAGCAAUUAUACUGUAGAACUGAGCUUCUGUGGUGUACAUACCAGUGAUGAGUAGCUCUUACCAUUGCUACCGGUACGCUGCUUGCGGUCUGUUCGUGCACGAGCCAAACAUGCGCUGUGCAUGUGCCUGACAUGUGCUGCGCAUUCAUUCGCAAUCUACCGCCCCUGCGACAACCAGCUGCUUGUUGAGGCUCGUGAGGGGCUGCAUGCUGUGCAUGCGUGCUCACUUUGCCAUUUCCCAUAAAAGUCAGCUAUAGAGGGCAGGCGGGUGAGAGGGCCAAACGAGCUACUGUACUGGUACGCUCUUAGCUUCUCCUGUACAGGGCCGUACCCACAGCAACAUACUGUUCCACUAACAAUAUUUCAUAACUCAUUGGCAAAAAGAUAGUCAAGAAAUAGUUUUCUAACAUUACAAGUAAACCUUAUAACCUGUUGACCUCUCAUCACUGAGAGUGAUGUAGUGAGGGACUCGUCCUGCCAUGGGGACAAAACUCUCCAUUCCAGUAUGAUUUUAGUUUGUGGAAUAGGUUAUAAUCCUUUCUAAGUACUAGAAGGAGUACUAGAAGGAGUACCCCUGGUAAGCCCCAAUUAUGGGAGGAAGCUAACUGCUUCCAUCAUCUGUCAAUCGGCUCGUCACAA